AUGCUGAUUCCUCCCCAAAUCAUCACACUACCAUCUCCUCAGCGAUUCACCUCAUGGACAGAACAGUUGGCGUCUCCGCCACACCCGCAUUCGCCCAUUGGCAUAGCUGAGAUGAAAUCUGGAUUCAUAUGUAAAGAGGAUCAGUCCCCAAUGGCGUUGUGUCCAUCGAUGAUGUCAGGAUGGGUCCAACUUUCAGAAUCGAGUGGAAACUCCGGCACAAAUUUCAUCAUGUCAUUCGCUAACAACAAGUAUUCCUCUAAGGCAUAUGACAUCGAUAUAUACCUGUCUGCUGCAGUCAACCAUGACGUCGCGAUCAACGUAUCGGCGCCGAAGUUUCAAGACUUUGACAUCAAUUUCAGCUUCUCGCUAACGCCCGGAACGUCCAAACAUCUCAACAUCGACGACAAAUUUCGCAUGCCGGCUGGAACAGGCAUUUCACCAAGAACGCUGGUCAUCACGGCUUCUGAUCUAAUAGACGUCGUGGGUGUUAAUCUAUACGCAUCCAACGGAGACGCAUUUCUCGCAAUACCCGAUCGGUAUUUAGGAAACGAGUACAUGGCGGUGACGUAUAUACCUAGUAGCUCAACAGCUGCCUCGUUUCUGACUGUCAGCGCCGGAACCGGAAGUGACGUGACCCUGUUAUCCAUUACGUUUCCGCGGUGGACCGGAAACGAACAGGUUCCGAUGAACGGGACUCUGUACGGGGCCGGAGAGGUGGCUCGGGUGUCGCUAAUGUCGCUGGAGACCCUGCAGAUUCAGACAAACUACGACUUGACAGGAACCUUCGUGAAAUCCGACCACCCAGUGUCGGUCUACAGCGGGGUGAACCGAACAAGCGUCUACAGCACGACGUGCCUGUCGCAACUCUUGGAUCAGAUGCCACCGGUAGACCGGGCGGGGAAGAGUUACGUCACGGUUCCUUUUCCGAAGCGAGACAUUGGCGAUCUUUACCGAAUAGUCGCUACGGAUGACGACACGGUGCUGUCAGUACCGAACAGCGUCAGCGUAAACCUGACGAGAAGAGGAGACUUCCACGAGACUUACGUCUCGGCAAAUACCUUUUACUACGUCACUGCCACGAAACCAGUGGUCGUGGCGCAAAUUAGCGUGUCGAGGACGUCAUCCAGUGAUAAAUACGGCGAUCCGAGUCUCGUCAUACUCACGCCUACAGAAGGCGCGUAUGGCAACGCUUCGUUUUCCCGCGCUUCUUAUCCAAACUCUUUCGUGACGAUUGUGAUGCUGAAACAGGACCAGGCUGGAAUCAGGUUUGACCAUGAACCUCUCCCAGCUAAUCAGGAAUGGUUUCUGGUGGAGGGGAACGCCAGCUACACGGCGACACAAGUGUUGGUUGGUUCCAGUGACACCCCCCGGACCAUCUACCACAGCGGCGGAGCUAAAUUUGUAGCAUACUUCCACACAGGGACGACUUGCGAGGCACAGGCGAUGUCUCUGGGUUUAUCAUUGCCUGUUAUUAACGAUCCAUGUAAAGUCUCUAUCAGUGAACCUGGCGAUGGUCUGGAUAAUGAUUGUGACGGCCACGUUGACGAAGAGGCGUGUUGCUUGAACAUAGACAUUGCUGACAAUGAUGGCGAUGGAAGAUUUAAUGAAGAUUGUGUAGGAGUAUCUGGUAAGUGUACACAUGAUAAAUAUCAGCAGAAACAGAAUCAACACCACCAAAAACACAACCACUACGAUUACCAGCAUUAG